CUCGUUCUCACGCUGUCCGCGUCGCCGCUGCCUAGCCUCGGUCUCCGUAUGGUCCCGCAGGCCCGCGUGGCGUCCUCUCCUCACCGCACGGGACGGCGCGUAUGGCGCCGCCUGCCUAGCCGGGCGCAGGGGUCCACGGAUUCCCGGGUCCUGAAUCGCGGUCACGCGUGGGCCCGCCAGUUUCCUUGGCUGUGGAGUUCUCGUAGCGCUUCGCGCGCUGUUCAGUCCCAGGCUACAGGGAACUCCCGCCCCCCAGGGUGACUCCUUUUGCAGUUUCUUUUGCAUGGAAGGAUGCUUUUUUCCUGAUAGAAGAUGAUAAUCUUGGAGAAUGAUCAUGGAGAAGGGGAUGAAUUCUGGAGAAGGACUGCCUUCCAGAUCCUCUCAGGCAUCUGCUGCUAAAAUAACAGUCAAGGAGUUAGAAACACAGCAGCCCUGUAAGGAGAAACGAGGGGGCUUUGUGCUGGUGCAUGCAGGUGCAGGCUAUCAUUCUGAAUCCAAAGCCAAGGAGUAUAAACAUGUAUGCAAACGAGCUUGUCAGAAGGCAAUUGAGAAGCUACAGGCUGGUGCCCUUGCGACAGAUGCAGUGAUGGCUGCUCUGGUGGAACUUGAGCAUCUGUCAGCACUAUAUCCUCUUUUGGAGGCCUACCUAGUCAGCAUUGUUCUUGAUUCUCCUUUUACAAAUGCAGGAGUUGGAUCUAAUCUAAAUCUCUUAGGAGAGAUCGAAUGUGAUGCCAGCAUAAUGGAUGGGAAGUCCUUAAGCUUCGGAGCCGUAGGAGCACUGAGUGGAAUCAAGAAUCCAGUAUCAGUUGCACACAGACUCUUGUGUGAAGGGCAGAAGGGCAAGCUGUCUGCAGGCCGGAUUCCUCCUUGCUUUUUAGUUGGAGAAGGAGCCUACAGAUGGGCAGUGGAUCAUGGGAUACCCUCUUGCCCUCCUAGCACCAUGACCACAAGAUUCAGCUUAGCUGCAUUUAAAAGGAACAAGAGGAAACUAGAGCUGGCAGAAAGGGUGGAAACAGACUUCAUCCAGCUAAAGAGAAGAAGACAAUCAAGUGCAAAGGAAAAUGACUCGGGCGCUUUGGACACAGUGGGUGCUGUGGUUGUCGAUCAUGAAGGGAAUGUUGCUGCUGCUGUCUCCAGUGGAGGCUUGGCCUUGAAACAUCCAGGGAGAGUUGGGCAGGCUGCUCUUUAUGGAUGUGGCUGCUGGGCUGAAAAUACUGGAGCUCAUAACCCCUACUCCACAGCUGUGAGUACCUCAGGAUGUGGAGAGCAUCUUGUGCGCACCAUACUGGCUAGAGAAUGUUCACACGCUUUACAAGCUGAAGACGCUCACCAAGCUCUGUUGGAGACUAUGCAAAACAAGUUUAUCAGUUCACCUUUCCUUGCCAGUGAAGACGGCGUGCUCGGCGGGGUGAUCGUCCUCCGGUCAUGCAGAUGUCCUUCAGAGUCUGACCCCUCCCAAGAUAAACAGACAUUGCUCGUGGAAUUUCUGUGGAGCCACAGUACAGAGAGCAUGUGCGUGGGCUAUAUGUCAGCCCAGGAUGGCAAAGCCAAGACUCACAUUUCCAGACUCCCUCCUGGUGCUGUGGCAGGACAGUCUGUUGCAAUCGAAGGUGGGGUUUGCCGCCUGGAGAGCCCUGUGAACUGACUCCAGGCUGACUACGAAGUGUCUGCGAGGCAUUUCAGAACCUGAGCUUUGGCUGUUCAGUUGAAGUUGGAUGUUUUAUCUUCCUUGUUUUGUAAUUCUUAUUGCAACCUCGGGCACUGCUUGGGACACUUAAGUGCUGCUAUACUUAGUGCUGGUUGACACUCGAGUCUUAGGCGGAUGAGCGGAGCAUGUGUGAGUGUGUGUCCGUGUGCAGUGUGUGUGCUUGCUUCUCCCUGAUGGGAUAAGAUCUCCUCAAGUGUAACCUAUGAACGAGAAUGAUUAACUCUUUACAAAAUGUGUGCUUUAACUGUUUACAAGUAAACCUAAAGUUGUAGAAAACUUUUAUUUCAUAAAGAGGUACCAACUAUGGUUGAUACAAUGUGUCUGAACUGAAGAGUGAAUCUGCUUGUUAAAAUGACUUGACUUUGAUUGUAGCCCAUUUAAUCACAGGAAUCAAUAAUCUGGUGUCAGUUUAAGUGGAUGGUGUGGUAACUUAAAUGGUUGUUCUCACCCCUCACACAGGGCAAUUUUCUUGAACACAGAGUGGUUUCAGUGAAACCAUUCUAGCAGAGAAUUAAAGUCAGAACCUUUUAAAGUAAUGGUCUUAUUGAUAAAGUUUGUGCUUCUUUCCUGAGCUAUUUGAAGCUUAAGUAUCGCAUAGCUUCGCGCCGUGUGUAGUAUAUUAUGAGAGAAUAUGUAAAGAGAGUGUUCAGUAACACACAGUUUUAAUUUGUGUAUAAUGGAAUGUUAUUUACAAUGUAACACUGUAAAUAAGAAAGCAAAGUUUAUGGGAAAAUUCAAUAUUAUCUUUGUUUCUUGUUUAAAUAUAUUUUUAAGAUAAAGGUACAAAAAUAAAAGAAGCAUAUUACUGGG